UGCGAGACCGCGGGUUUGGGAUUUCCCACGGUAUUUUUAGGGUCUCUCUUAUUUUUAAGUAAAAUAUGUGAAAAUUAUUUAGAAUAGUGAAAGUUGAAGACUAUCUUUUUACCUGAUAAAAGUUUGAAGUGAUAUAAGUGACGAGACUAAAAUAUGGGAUAAUUAUUUGAAAUUAUUUCAUUGUUUUUGUACUUUCACUUUCACUUGGGGAAACCAGUAGAGAUUUUCGGAAAAUUGAAAGGAAAUCUGAAUAAUUUUCAGGGCACAUAACAGCUUUGUUUUUGGCCAAUGGCUCUAGAAACAGAAUUGUCGAUGGCUCUCAUAUAAACAGAUCACCAACAUGUGAAAGUGCCAGCAUUUAGAGUGAUAUAACAGUAGGGAACAUUACACCAUUCUGUUCUCAGUUUUGACAUAAAACAAGUCAUUCAUGGCAACUAGUAGUGUUAAUAAGCCAACUGAAGAACCACAGGGGACACAAUCUCAGACAUUUAAUGACACAGCUACAAUUAAAAAGGACAAAAACUCACUGUUAGUGCCCAUAGAACAGUCGAACCCCAUAAGAGGAAUUGAAAAUAACCUCAACAGUGAAAUGCCAAAUGUUGACCUGAAGAAACAGUUUGCAGGAGGUCAAAAUGCUAUACAAGUAAUAAAAGAGCAGGAAGGACCCACAGACAUUAUAUAUUAUACUGAUACUAUUCAGGAUAAAAAAGUUGUAAAGGUGCCCAAAAAUGAUCUGUCUUUUUCUAAUAGCCUUGAGCUUACCACAGAAACUGAAUUGGGUAAAAAAAGUGCUGGAAAUCUUGUUAAUGCAAGUGAUGCAAUAACUGAUAAUGAAUCUGAAGGUGACAAUAACAGUGAAACAGUGGAGUGUGCUGAGAGAUGUAAAGGGUCUGAUGAGGAGCUUCCAAAGAACGUAAAUCUGUCUUUAGAAGGCUACACAGGUAACCCUGAUAAAGAUGAAUUAUCAAAUACAUGUACUGUUGGUUGUGAGAGAGGAAACUCUGGAAAUGGAUCUGACUGUAUAGACAAUGAAAAGGUUGCAUCAGAAGAUGAAUUGUCCAGUUCAGUAAUACCAUUGGAGGAGAAUGAAAGUGACGAAAUAGCAAACCAAAUUGUGUGUGAAAAGAAAAUUGACGACAAGUUUGAUGAGAUAGACUGCAAAUCUGAGGGAAAGAAAGGUGAAGCAGACAGAAAAUAUGAGGCUGGCAAUUUUAAUGCUAGCUGUCAAAGGGGAGACAUUGAUAAGCUUGCCACAGAAACUGAACUAGAUAAAAAAAUUGCCGGCAAUCUUGUUAAUGCUAGUGAUGGAAUAACUGAUAAUGACUCUGAAGGUGACAAUAGCAGUGAAACAGUGGAGUGUGCUGAGAGAUGUGAAGGGUCUGAUGAGGAGCUUCCAAAAAACAUAAAUCAGUCCUCAGAAGGCUACACAGGUAUCCCUGAUAAAGAUGAAUUAUCAAAUACAUGUACUGCUGGUUGUCAGAGAGGAAAGUCUGGAAAUGGAUCUGACUGUAUAGACAAUGAAAAGGUUGCAUCAGAAGAUGAAUUGGCCAGUUCAGUAAUACCAUUGCAGGAGAAUGAAAGUGGAGAAAUAACAAACCAAAUUGUGUGUGAAAAGAAAAUUGAUGGCAAGUUUGAUGAGAAAGACUGCAAAUCUGAGGGAAAGAAAGGUGAAGCAGACAGAAAAUAUGAGGUGGGCAAUUUUAAUGCUAGCUGUCAAAGUGACGAAAUUGAUGAGGUAGAGGGAAAAAAAGGUGUUGAAAGCAAAAAUGCUUCUGUCAUUACAAGUACUACUGUAACAAGUGACAAAAUAAAGAUUUUCAAAGUCAUUAGUUUUUACUAUGUAAAGGUUGCAUACAAGUUCAGCAAAGGAUAUACAAAGAACAUUUGUCUGCAGACAAUCUUCAUAUGCACCAUGAUGUAUCAGCAAUAUGAUCCACAGUUUUCCAUCCCUAAAAAUACCAUCAGUGCAUAUUUACUUGAGGAUAUGAUUCAAGACUUUUACAUUGGUAACCAGGAAUACAAUGUUUUUGCAGUUCUUGAAAAUAACUUGACAUCCGUAGCAAUGGCAAUGUUUCUGCCAGAGCCUGAUCUUCCAAGAAGUACUGUUCAAUUAGCUAAUACAUUAGGAAUUAAUUUGAGGCCAUAUGAUCAAAAUACAACUAAUUCUGGAAGCAUGGACAGGUCACAGCCCAGAGUGGACAGCUCUCAGUCUAUACAGCAUACUGGUACAAGCAGUGGAGGUCAUCAAAGCAAUGAUGAACUGCAGAGAUGUUCAGAGUUCAUCAGUAUUUCAAGUUUACCAAUGACAGCCACUGUUAGAGAAGGUGAAACUGAUUCACAACAAGUUCAAAGAUGCACACGAAUAAAUGAUGUACCAGGACUCCCUGUUCCUAACCAGCUGAACUUAGAUGAGGGCAGCACAAAUAGGAAGGAGACACAGGCUCCAGUGAGGAAUAUUUUCACAAAUAUAAGGGAAAGCAGGCAAUCUGCAGAUGGAAGUCCAUCGUCUGCAACCACCAACUUGAGAGGUAGAAACAUACCAACAAUUGGCACAUAUAGCCUGGAAAGAAUAUCAGAAUAUGCAAGUCAUCUCUCCAACAGUGUCUCAGAACAACCUUCUCAACAAAUCAGUGAUGAUAUGGUGUUUGGGGAGGAACGGAUGAGUAAUGAACUAGCUCGUGCAAGAACGUUUAAUGACAGAUGGCCACACCGUCAUUUGAACCCUGGUGAUAUGGCCAGGGCCGGAUUCUUUUUCACUGGAGAAGAAGACAUGACCAGAUGUUUUGAUUGUGACAUUGGUUUGGGCAAAUGGGAGACAGACGAUAGCCCUUUCACAGAACAUAGGCGAUUGUCCCCAGAGUGCCGAUACAUCCAAAGCCUUUGCCAGAAUGAUCCACAGUUGUUUGGAGCAAGUGGUCAAGUUGGUAGGACAGGAAACAGUAACCUGCCUGGCACAGGAGAUGCAGCAAGUGGGGGUCAGCAGAAUGACAUACAAGGCUUAGGACAUAGAAGGACUAUCUACAGACAAAUGGAAAGACAGGAAAGAGAAGAUCCUGAAUUCUUGUUCCCACAUGGUGAACAUGGUGACGAUGAUGAUAGUAACAUUUACAGUGAGUUGCUGCAAGCACAAUCUUGCGAAUCUGAGCAUACUGGCAUACAAGAGAGUGGAACUUACACUGGUUUAACAAUGUUUGCAGUGACAGAAAAUUCCAGAACCCUGCAAGAUUCCCCUAAUUUGGAUUCUGCCGAUGUAAAUGAACUGAUUGGGACUGGUCAAACUUUUGAUGCAAUAGACUACCGUGGUUCACAGGAAGUGAUAAUGGUUCUUUCUGAGGGUUAUUCUCAGAGAGAAGUGGACAUUGCAGUGGAAAGCUUAUUGAAUGAGGACAGUAUAAUUACAGUGAAUGCCCUAAGGUAUAAGUUACAAUAUUUGGGGUUUACCCCAAAGAUAUGACUGUAAGACAAAAGGUAAUAAAAGGAAAAUAAACAAUUUACAUGUAGUAAAAAUGAUUCAUGUAUAAUAUUGAUUAAUGUAUACAUAGUGAUUUCAUUUGUUGUAUAUUAUAAUAAUAUAGCAUGUAAAAGGUAUUGGUGUACACUAUAAUACAUACAUUUCACUCAACAUUAGGUCAUGGAUGUAUAGAAGUAAAUUUUAAAUUAUUGAGUUUUAACUUAUUUGUGAUAGCAUGAUUUCAUUCUUGCAUAGUCCAUGAUGGACUAUUUAUAAUUGGCAACUUUUUACACAAUAUCUUCCAAACCAUAUUGUAGAUUUUGACCAAACUUCAUAGAAUGAAUGAUCCUUAGGUGGACCUAAAAAAAAUUAUAUAACAAGUUCCAGAAUGUAUUAGUAUUAGUAUUGUACUAGUAAGUAAAUUUAUAUAGGUGAUUCCAUUCUGAUGUACAAGUAGGUCACAGGAGCAAAAAAUGAAUUGGCUUAGAAAUCUUUUCCUCAGAAACAUUAUUGCUCAGAACGUAGAUACUUAGCAUAUGUCAUCACCUUAAAGUGGCCUUCAGCUUUACUAAAGGUCUAUGUUAUUUUUAGAAAAAUCAUUGUCAAAUCAAAAGAAUUUAGGUGAAAAAUGAAAUUUGCCAUCAAUAGAAUACAUAAACAGUAUGGAAACCACUAGAUACUUCUAAUUUACCAGUCCGCUCUCUAUAUGUAAAUUAGUAAGGCCGACGAUUUGUUUCUUGAUCUUAUAUUUUUAGAAAUGAAAGUCACUCACAAGUUAUAAAAAGCUCUAGGAAUGCUUUGUUGAAGAAGACUUAACAGUGAUAGGAUGUACUUUUCAAGAUAAAAUUACUGAAAUUAUUAGUUUGAAACUAUGCAGAAUUUGGUUUUUCCAACUAAAAAUAAAGUCUGAAGGCAGCUUUAAGGUCCCAUUGAAAAGUAAUAUGAUACACUUUAGCAAAUUUAACCAUGACUUCAACUAAUUAUGAGUACAUCACACAACCAAUUUGUGGCAUGUGCAAAAAACAGUGAAAUGUUACAUCAUAUUUUUUGUGUCGCCUUGCAAAGGUGACAUAUAGGGUUUACUUUUGUAGGCGGCGUCGUUGUCGGCGUUGGCAUCCCCUAAAGCUUGUCCGGAGCAUAACUCAGUCACUUUAAGUUGGAUUGACUUCAAACUUGGUAUGCAUGCUUCUUUCAAUAACAUGAAGUGUAGUGCACAAAGACCGGUACUCUGCACUUCUUAAUUUUUGAGUUAUUGCCCUUUGUAAAUUUUCAUACUUUAAUUUUGUCCGGGCCAUUUCUCUUCAACUAUAAGAGCUAUGGACUUCAAACUUCAUACAGUGAUAGAUCUCAUUAAGAAGAAGUGCAGUGCACAAGAAUCGGUACUCUGCACUUCCUAAUUUUUGAGUUAUUUCCCUUUGUUAAUUUUCAUACUUUAUUUUUGUCCGGGCCAUUUCUACUAAUGUAUAAAAGCUAAGGACUUGAAACUUCAUAGGAUGAUAGAUCUCAUUAAGAAGAAGUGCAGUGCACAAGAACAAGUACUCUGCAUUUCUUAUUUUUUUAGUUAUUACCCUUUGUUAAUUUUCAAGCUUUAUUUUUGUCCGGACCAUUUCUCCGAAAGUAUAAAAGCUAUGGACUUGAAACUUCAUAGGAUGAUAGAUCUCGUUAAGAAGAAGUGCAGUGCCCAGGAACCGAUAAUCUGCAUUUCUUAUUUUUUGAGUUAUUGCCCUUUGUUAAUUUUCAUACUUUAUUUUUGUCCAGGUCAUUUCUCCUCAAGUAUGAAAGCUAUACACAUGAAACUUCAUAGGAUGAUAGAUCUCAUUAAAAAUAAUUGCAGUGUACAAGGACUGGUACUCUGCAUUUCUUAUUUUUGAGUUUUCACCCUUUUUGUAUAUUUUCAUACUUUAUUUUUGUCCAGGCCAUUUCUCAUAAAUUAUAAAAGAUAUGGACUUGAAACUUCAUAGAAUGAUAGAUCUUAUUGAUAAGAAGUGCAGUGCAUAGAAACUGCUGCUCUGCACUUAUUAUUUUUUGAGUUAUUGCCCUUUGUUAGUUUUCGUAUUUCAUUUUUGUCCUGGCCAUUUCUCCUAAACUAUAUUGUUCACAAGGCGACACAUCCGACUCGCGGAGUUCUAGUUAUCAUCUAAAAGUGAAAACGGAGCUGACUUGUGAGUAACAUUAAAAAACACAAAGUUUUACUGAAAUGCAUAAGAAAACAUAACAGUUUUAUUCAUGCAAGUUUAUUUUGCAUUAAAAGGAAGUACCUCUGUGUCCACACAUGAGAGGGGCCUUCUAGAAACAGGAGUUUUAAUGACAGAAAUAUUAAA